CUUCACGGAAAGCAGCGCUGCGUGAGCUUACACACGGAAAUACUACCGUUUCGGUCAUUUUUGGGAUGAAAAACUCUGAUUUAGGCUUUUAAGGCUUACUGGUGUUCCUGGAGUGUUCUGAGAACGCAGUGUUUCUCUCCUUACAGGCAGAGACAGUUAUAAAGCGUUAUUAGAUCUAGAAGACCACGUUUUCCAUCUUACCGAAUCAUAAAACACUGGGCUGCAUUUCACUGGAGGCUGUGCUGAACAUCUGCUGCCCUCACCUGGAUACUCAGCAUGUGUGCGCCUUGUGUGAGCUCUAAUAUCCCACAGUGGACGGGUGGACGGAGUUCUUCCUGAUCGCCCGUCACACUGAGACGACUCGAUGAGGACCAGAUAUUUGGGACUGUGAACUUAUUCAUUAGCCAUCUGAUAACCCCACUGCAGUGUCUUCAUCAUCACCUGAGUCUUCCUCGUGGUUCUCCAUCAUGGACUUCCUGCAGAUGAAGCACCUGAAGCGGAAGCGGAAGAGCAACUACAGCGUGCGGGAGACGCAGACGCUGAUCCGGGAGAUCCAGCGCCGGCGGGACGUCCUGUUUUCGCGGCAGCAGAACACGGCGGUCAACGAGCUGAAGCGGCGCGCCUGGGAGGAGGUGGCGGAGUGCGUGAACGCGCUGGGCGAGGGCGAGGUGCGCACGGCCGGAGAGGUCAAGCGCCGCUACCUGGACUGGCGCACGCUGAUGAAGCGGAAGCAGCUGCGGGCACAGCUGGCCGCCGGACUGCAGCCAGACUACGACCCGCCCUGUUCUCCCGACAACGAGGGCUCGCUCGGCGGAGAGCCGCCGCAGGAACCGGCCGGCUUUCAGAAAGACCCGCAGGGAUACUGGCAGGAUCUGCCUGACCUCGGGGAGAACAGCGUCCACUGUGGGGUCAAAAUGGAGGACACAGAGGGUAGCGGAUAUAACCUGGACGGCGGAGUCUGCGACAGUGUUCCAGGUGAGAUAGAAGGUGAGGGAGAUGACGAUGAUGAAGAUUGCUUCCCCUCCAUCCUGCAGGAUGUGGACAGAGAAGGAACCAUCCCUGAAGACUUUGCCCACAUUGAUGAGUUUGGCGUGCUGAGCUGCUCUAAAGCUCCCGCAGGACCGUCGCUGGCUCGAGACCUGGGCCCUGACACACCUGGCACACCUGGAGUGGGCGGCGCCACGCCGGGCCCGCCUGCAGGAGACAGCACAGGCCUGCUGGUUGCGCUGGAGAAGCAGCGCCUGGAGCUGGAGAAGCAGCGUCUGCAGGUGGAGUCGGAGCGGCUGCAGGUGGAGAAGGAGCGCCUCCAGGUGGAGAAGAAAAGGCUGUGCCAGGCCGAGAUGGAGCGAGAGCGCCUCCAGCUGGAGAAAGAGCGCCUGGACUUGGAGAGAGAGAGACUCCGCCUGCUCGUGCAACAGUCAGCGCUGCCACAGCAAAGCCCUGCCUCCUCCACCACCGCGGCCACGCCCACCACUUCAUCCGCCCCAUCUUCGUCGUCCUCGCUGGACGUGGAGAAGGACAGGAAGCCCCCCUGGCCGGUGUGGACGGAUCUGGAGGCGGAGAAGCUGAAGCUGGAGAAAGAGCGCCUCCUGCUGGAGAAGGAGAGACUGCAGUUCUUCAGGUUCGAGUCGGGCCGGCUGCAGAUCGAGCGAGAGCGCCUCCAGGUGGAGAAGGAGAGGCUGCAGCUGCACAAGGACGGACAGCAGAUGGCGUUGCACUCGUAGAGCCACUGCUUGUGGAGAUCCAGCAACCUGUUUGUAACACACCUGAGCAGGUUAACAGAUUCUUCAGGAGGAUCUGAACUGUAGAGUCAGGUGUGUUAGAUUAAGGCUGGAGACAACAGCACAAACUGCUACUGUUCAGUGUCCUUAAAGCGAUAAUUAGGCAAAAAAUAAUCCAGUUCCCCCAGUUUCCCCCAGAUAUAGUCGAUCAACCUCAUUUGGUGUCUGAAGUUUGUUUCUGUAGUUUUAGCACUGGAGCUAUGAGGUUAAUGUAGCUAACAAGAAGCUUAUGUACACCAGUUAGCAUGGUGCUAACAGCAGACCCCUCAAACCGUGUGGAGGUGUUCAGUAUCUCUAACAGACUUCAUUAUGUGGUUUCUGACGCAGUUGGGUAGAACUUCAAUCGGGCCAGAAAUUUUGGCCCUAACCCAAAUAAAGCCAGAGAGUGUUCUGUCUGAAAUUGACCCGAAACCAACAAAGCUUUGCCCGAACACAACAAUAAUCAAGCUUUGAGCCCAAACCCAACCAAGAGCAACAAAAUUCUGUCUGGACCUGACCUGACCCAAACCACCUUAGAAUGUUUUGAGUUCGAACCUGAACCACGAUGCGACAGAAUUCUGUCCGGACCCGACCUAACCCAAACUACAUCGUCAAAUUUUAUGUCCGUUUAUAGUCCGACUUGAGUAUAACAAAGUUCUGGCUGGACCCGAACUGACCCAAACCACAUUGAGGCGUUUCUAAUCAGAACCGGAUCACGACAGAAUUCUGUCCAAACUCACCCAAACCACAUCGUCAUGUUCUGAGUCCAAACUCAAACCCCAAACCGACCCGAACCACAUCAUCAUGUUUUGAGUCAAACUGAAAUUUAUUUCUUUUGCUCUUGAGCCCAAACGUGCUGAUCGACUGUAUCUGAGCUCGUUAUCCUAUCAAAUUCACUUCAUCUAUCACUGCCAGAUGAGCAGAGACUGCAGACUGUAGUCCAGAUUUUAUCCGUGUGCUCCGGUGUGGCUGUAGCUCAGCGUCUCGGACAGACAGGGCGCCGGAUGGAGGGAUGAGCUGGAGGACAAAGUAAACCCUCCCUGAGGAUGGAGGGAUUUAAAGAGGUUUAAUUAUGGAGCUCCAAAAGAGUCAGUGUGUCUGUACGUGUUGUGUUGGAGUCUCAGUGUUUCUGCGUUCCUGUUGGUUCUGUAGUCGAGUCUCUGGAGUUCCUCUCUUCUUCUCCUGUUGUUCCUGUGUUCAUGUUCUCAGCAGACGUAAAGUUCGCUGUGUGUGUAUCGUGAUAUGAUCUCAGCCACGCGAAAAUCUCCGCUAGUGUAAACUGUGCCUUAGCUAACUGUGCUAAUCGGGAGCCGCUCGCUCUUACCUUGUUAUUGUGAGUGUGUCUUAGCAGGAGCGGAGCGGCUAACUGUGUUAGCAGUUUACUCAACUUCACUGUGAAGCCGGUCAGAUCCAGGGAAGGGGGAGGAGUUUUGUGUUGGGGUGCUGAGAUUUUAAACAGCGUUUACAGAUCGUAUACAUUACAGCUGCUUUACUGUAGCGUGUGCAGCUGUUAGUGUGGUUCUUUAAUAUGAUCUCCUUUGCAGCUCCUCAAAUUAGCUAGUUUAGCUAGUUUGGUCUGGCUGAUGAACAGAGUGUGGUAGUGGUGAGUGGUGGUGCCAGCCAAUCACAGGCUAGUCAGUCACAGGCCAACUGAUCACAAGCCAACCAGUCGAAGGCAAACCACUCACAAAGUAACCUGUGUAGCUAACCAAGCACAAAGUAACCUGAGAAGCCAACCAAACACAGGCUAAUCAAUCACAAGCCAACCAAUCACAAAGUAACCUGUGAAGCUAACCAAUCACAGGCAAAUCGAUUACAAGCCAACCAAUCACAGGCUAACCAAUCUUGGGCUAACGUGUAAAGCCAACCAAUCACAAAGUAACCUGUGUGGCUAACCAAGCACAAAGUAACCUGUGAGGCCAACCAAUCACAGGCUAAUCUAUCACAAGCCCGUCAAUUGCAGGCUACCCAAUCACAAAGUAACCUGUGAAGCUAACCAAUCACAAAGUAACCUGUGAAGCUAACCAAUCACAGACUAACCAAUCACAAAGUAACCUGUGUGGCUAACCAAGCACAAAGUAACCUGUGAGGCCAACCAAUCACAGGCUAAUCUAUCACAAGCCAACCAAUCGCAUGCUACCCAAUCACAAAAUAAUCUGUGAAGCUAACCAAUCACAGGCUAAUCAAUCACAAGCCAAUCAAUCACAAGCCAACCAAUCACAGACUAAGCAAUCACAUAGUAACUUGUGAGGCCAACCAAUCACAGGCUAAUCUAUUACAAGCCAACCAAUCGCAGGCUACCCAGGCACAAAGUAACCUGUAAAGAUAACCAAUCACAGGCUAAUAUAUCACAAGCCAGUCAAUUGCAGGCUACCCAAUCACAAAGUAACCAGUGUAGCUAACCAAUCACAAAGUAACCUAUGAAGGUUACCAAUCACAGGCUAAUCGAUCACAAGCCAACCAAUCACAGGCUAACCAAUCGCAAAGUAACCUGUGAAGCUUACCAAUCACAGGCUAAUCAAUCACAAGCCAACCAAUCACAGACUAACCAAUCAUAAAGUAACCUGGGAAGCUAACCAGUCACAGGCUAACCAGUCACAGGCUAACCAGUGAAGCUAACCUAUUACAGGCUAACCAAUCACAGGUGAACACAUUAAGCUAACCGAUCAGAAGUUAACCAGUCAUAAGCUAACCUAAGCUAUCCAAUCAUUGGCUGACUUGUGAAACUAACCAAUCACUGGCUAACCUGUACAGCUAACAAACCACAGGCUAAUCAUUCAAAGGCUAACAUAUGAAGCUAACCAGUCACAGGCUGAGCAAACAUAAGCUAACCAAUCACAGGAUCUAGGCUAUCAAAGCACAAGCUAACCUUUGCAGCAGACCAAUCACAAGCGGACCAAUCAGUCUGAUCAAUCAUCGUCGGAUCCCUGUGGGAGGUUUUUCUGUUCACAGCUGAAAGCUUAUCAAAGAAGAGACACUUAGGCCCAAUCCCAUUUCUUCUUUUUACCCCUACCCCUUGUUUUCGAGUGUCACCCUAACCACCCUAGUGGUUAAAAACUUGCCCUACGAAAUGGGACAACCCUCAAAUUAAAA